AUGUCCGACAGCAAGAAACAACUGCAUCGAAUUCAAGAAAAAUUCAACAAAUUUCAAAGAGCUCCAAAGUACAACCUGAACAGUGAGGAGCUCUACUGUGUUUGUCGACGACCGGACGAUGGCCAGCUGAUGGUGGCAUGCGAUGGUUGUGACGAGUGGUUCCACUUCAAAUGUAUGAAUCUUAAUGAGAAGUACAAAGAUCUUCCGGCAGCGGUUGAUGCAGUGAUGGGUAAAGUAUCUAAAUACUGCAGUGAGGAACACGGGUUGGAAUUCAUGAAGAAAUACGUGUAUGGCAAGCUGUCUUCUGAAGGUAAAGGCCUUAUGACAACUAUAUUUCAACAGAUCUACGAUCUACAGUCGUUCAAAAGUUUGGGAGAAGAAUUACCCGAAUCUGACAAGGCUGAUUGGCCAAUGAGCGAUUCUGUAAAAGAGGAACUCACUGAGAUUGAUGUGGAAUUGAGCCAAUUGGAAGAAACAGAAAAGAAUUACAGUAGUAAGGGAAAGUAUCUGGCCAAGCUAAAAGAGAAGAUCAAGUUUCUAGACGAGACUUUGAGUGAAGAAAUGAAUAGAGACGAAGAAAGUUCGAGUGAACUGGAUACGGAAUCUUCCAAAAAGAGUCGAAGAAACAAGAAAGUCAAGAAGAGGAACGUAAAUAUAUGUGGAUACGAACGGAAGUUGAGGUUACUGGAAUCUGAUUGGCUGAAUUUUACGCUGACAGACGAGUACAAGAACAUGAUCGAGUUCACAGAGCAAACAGUGGAUGCCAAAAAGCUAUGCGAAGACUAUUUGAAGCUUACUGAGCGCGAUAGAGAAAGAGACUCCAUUGAAGAUCAAAGUUCUUCCUUCAAAGGUCUCUGCUUGAACGAUAGAAAAAAGUGUUCUAGACAUCUGACCUGGUACGGAAUUAUAUACGAUACAUUGGACUCGAAGCUGGGUGAAAUCGGUGACAGAAUACACUUAUUGAAGGAGAAGAAGGAAGCUCUCAAGCAGAAAGAGCUAGUUAGAAAGUGGGAAAAGUAUACAGAGUAG